AUGUAUGUAGGCAGCCAUGUGUUAUUCUUUUUAAACUAUCGUAAUAUAUUUGAACGGCGAAACUUGAAAGCUAGCGAAUCAAAUGUGACCAACAUGCUAAUGUUUACGAGUGUCGUGAAAAUAGGUAACGUUAGCUAACGUUAAUUGAUGGUUGAGAUAAUCCUUAUCCCACCGCAAACUAAUCCUUCAGAUUCAGCCAGUGCCUUGCUGUGAAUGUUCGACGGGUUGCUAGCGAACGCUACAGAUAGCUAGUUGACAUCAGAAUGGACACAAAAUACAAACUGAGUCUCACCUGUUUGAUUGUUAUAUUAUCACUGAUAAUGGGGAUAAUAUCUUCUGCACACGCCUUGAAAUGUUUAAGGAUGGGAAACUUCACAUCCUUCAGCUCAAGUGGUCUGUCAAGCACAACAGCAUGUGGUCAGUUUCUACAGGAGGUGGUGUCUCAUAACUGCAUUGUCAUAUUUUCCAAGACCACUUGUCCAUAUUGCAAAAUGGCCAAAAAUGUAUUCAAUGAAAUUGGUGCUACAUACAAGGUGAUAGAGCUGGAUGAACACAAUGAUGGAAGACUACUACAAGAGGCCUUGGCGCAGAUGACCGGUGCCAGAACAGUUCCGAGGGUCUUCAUCAAUGGAAACUGCAUUGGAGGAGGCUCUGACACAAAGGAACUACACCAGAAGGGAAAGCUGCUGCCUCUGAUAGAACAAUGUGCCCCGUGCUGCGUGAAAAUUAACACUGAAGGCUCGGGCAGCGGACAGUUCGAGUCCACCAAAUGACUAACCGUUCUAAUUCUCACUGUAAUUUAUCCUGUGUUUAUUUAAUGUUUCCUCGACUUUGUGCGAUACAUUAUAUAUAUAUAUAGAACCCAUAUGUAUGUAUGUAUAUAUAUGGGUUCUAUGUGGUUUAUUUACCAAGAUGCACACUUGUUAUCGUCACCCUUCGUCUACAUUCAGGGAAUGUACAGUAUUUUAAUGAAUUAAAUCAAAUCAAAUGUAUUUAUAUAGCCCUUCUUACAUCAGCUGAUAUCUCAAAGUGCUAAACCCAGCCUAAAACCCCAAACAGCAAGCAAUGCAGGUGUAGAAGCACAGUGGCUAGGAAAAACUCCCUAGAAAGGCCAAAACCUAGGAAAAAACCUAGAGAGGAACCAGGCUAUGAGGGGUGGGUAGUCCUCUUCUGGCUGUGCCAGGUGGAGAUUAUAACAGAACAUGGCCAAGAUGUUCAAAUGUUCAUAAAUGACCAGCAUGGUCAAAUAAUAAUCACAGUAGUUGUCGAGGGUGCAGCAAGUCAGCACCUCAGAAGUAAAUGUCAGUUGGCUUUUCAUAGCCGAUCAUUAAGAUGAUCUCUACCACUCCUGCUGUCUCUAGAGGUGAAAACAGCAUGUCCGGUGAACAGGUCAGGAUUCCAUUAAACUCCACAAUCUUUUAAAGGAGGACCGUGCCUAAUUAUUUGCAUGCCUGUGAAGUAAGAAAUACAUUAACUGGUUUAACAUGAUACACUGGUUAAAAUUAUGGUAGCGCUUCAUAAUAAAAGCAACAAUGUGUUA